UCUCUCUCUCUCUCUCUCUCUCUCUCUCUCUCUCGCGCAGACACACGCACGCUUAUCUCCCUCCUACAACAAACAUGGCCGCUGAAUCGGACGGAGUGGCCCUGUCUCUGUCCUGGAGCGCGUUCGUCCCGCAGCCCAGCCCCCCCGCUCCUCACCCCCAUCCUCCUCCGUCUCCUCGUCGCCGCGCGCCGCUCUUCUCUCUCUCCGACUGCUGCUGGCUGCUCUGCUCGCUCCUCGUGCUGCUCGCGGACGCCGUGGCCGCGCUCUCUCUGUGCGUCGACUACCUCCUGCGGCGGGACUACCGGUGGUGUGCGCUCACGCUGCUCUUCGUGGCCGUGCCCUCGGCCGUGGUCCAGGUGCUCAGUUUCAGAUGGUUCCUCCACGAUUUCUCCGAGUCGCGCUCCUCUGCCGGAGGGGGCGCCGCAACCCCCGUCGCCUCUUUCGCCGGUUUCGGCACCGUGGAGAGCGCGCCCACGAGGGGCCGCACGCGUCGCUGCUGCAGAGCUUGGAUGUGGAUCUUUCACAUCAUCGUGCACAUUCUGCAGCUCAGCCAGGUGUGGAGGUAUCUCCACACCCUGUACCUGGGGGCGCAGAGCCGCUGGCAGGGAGACGGCGACCGGAGACGCCGGCACCUGCGCCUGCUGUUUGAGAGCGCCGACGUCAGCGUGCUGCGGCUGCUCGAGAGCUUCCUGAAGAGCGCCCCCCAGCUGGUGCUGCAGCUCAGCAUCGCGCUCCACAGCCAUCAGGUGCUUCCCCUGCAGGGCCUGUGCGUGUUGGCCGCACUGGUGUCCCUCUCCUGGACGGUGGCCUCCUACCAGAAGGUUCUGCGCGAGUGCCGCGACGACAAGGCGCCGCUCUCCUACAAGGCGGUGCUGGUGCAGGCGCUGUGGCACAUGUUCUCGAUCGGGGCGCGCGCCACCGCCUUCGCGCUCUUCGCCUCCGUCUUCCAGCUCUACUUCGGCACCUUCGUCGUGGCGCACUGGUGCCUCAUGACCUUCUGGGUCAUCCAGGGCGAGACGGACUUCUGCAUGUCCAAGUGGGAGGAGAUCGUCUACGACAUGAUGGUGGGCGUCAUCUACGUCUUCUGCUGGUUCAACGUGCGCGAGGGGCACGAGCGCCGCCGCCUGCUGGCCUACUGCUCCGUGGUGCUGGCCGAGAACAUGGUGCUCGUGGCGCUCUGGUACCUGUACCGCGGGCCGCAAACCUCCGACUCCUGCGCACUGCUCGUGCUCUGCGCCGUCGCCUGCAGCCAGGCCCUGGGCACCUUCUUCAUGCUCGUCUACUACUGCCUGCUGCACCCGGACGGCGACGCGCGCUGGGGCUGUGUCCGGGGGGCUGCCGAUGAGCCCUGCGAGGGGGUCGCGACGCCGGUCCCGCCCCUGGACACGAUCGCCGGCCCCCCCGGGACCCUUCAGAGGACUACAGCGGAAGAGCAGGCAGACAGGGACUGCGACCCGCCCGUGUUUCGGGUCCGGCCCUGUGCGGAACCCUUUGGCCCCGCCCCCUGCGCUCCCCGAGAGGAGGGGCCCAUCAUCCUCAUCGACCUGCCCCGGAAAAAGUACCCGGCCUGGGAUGCGCACUUCAUCGACCGGCGGCUCCGUAAGACCAUUCUGCUGCUGGAGAGCACGUCGCCCGUCACGCCGCGCCUGCAGUACCGCAGCCCGAGGGCCCCUCGGGAGCUCGCCGAGUACGAGACCACCGUGUGACCUCACCCUCACCCCUGGGGGUCUUCGAAACCGGCCAGUGGAGGGCCCCCACAUGCGAUCUGGACCAGGGCAGCACCGGUCACGCGGCUGGAAGAGCGGCAGCGUUUCGGACUCCGCGCGCUCAGAUGAGUCCCGAGGGGGUCGGAGGUCAGGGGUCAGAGGUCAGC